AUGCGAGACGCAGCUAACACCACCGUGCGCGGGCGCGCUAAUGAUAUCCAGGACGCUCUCAGCUACAACAUUACGCUCCCACAGCCGUACAGGACAGAGCUCACCUUCACCAUCCAGUCUGACUGGGCUGAAUUUGGCCUUCUCAGCCCUAGCGGCGUGAUCAUCGAGAACAAAGCAAACCCGUAUCCGCCCCUGACUCAGGGCAGUGAAACGAAGAUCACUUGGGGCAGGGAACAUAGUCACGAUCAGAGAAGAGAGACCAUACGGUUCUCUAUUAUCAACGAUGGGUCUCCGAUAGAUUUCUACAUUUCGCACGGGAGCGACGGUGGCAGCGGCGCCAAAGGUCGUGCUGAGGUCCUCAUUGGAGAGGCUAACUAUGUGAACGACAAGAUCACGGAUAACAACUGGAACACGCAGUGGUACUAUCAGGCACCUAUGUCUGGUGUUCCACAGCAGUCCAGGUACCGGCUCAAUCACGAAGUACGCACUUGGGAUGAGACGUUGCAGGGGUAUCUGGGCGAGAUUGGCGUCAGGAAUCGCCUUUACCCUGAAUGUCUCCGCCCUUGUCCCUCUCGCGCGGCCCCUCUCGCGCGGCCCCUCUCGCUGGUCGUGCAGCAUCUCCGGCCACCACGAUCGGUCCAGGCUGAGAAUGCGGCAGCGGCACCUGCACCAUCCAAAGAGGACCCGUACAGCCCACGUCUCCCGGAAUCAGUGUUGUCGAGUGCGUCUCCGCACGGCACGCCCCAGCGCGCGGACUUCCAGGACUUCCUCGCGUGCCGACUCCUCGUCACGUCGCCCCGACGCAUGGCCAUAGACGACGACGACGCACAAACGGACGGUGGCGGUGCGACGCCAGCGCCGCUCGGGACGCGCUUCGGUGCUGAGGUCGUCUCGCUGCCCCCGCCGUUCGUGCGGGCGGGCUCCGGUGCGGGUGGCAAGCUCGCCGAGUGCAAAGACGUAGUGUCUCUGGGUGGAUCAGCCGUGAUCUUACCCCAGCUGCGGCUUGCGCCGCCAUUUGAGCCGGGGGAGACACCCGGGCGCACGCCCGCGCACGAGAGGAACGUAAGCACGGACACCACCGACAGCGAGGCGGACAGUGAAUCCGGGGAGGCCGGCGGGAAUCUGACAGUGAAGGUCGUGGCUUCGCAGGAUUUCGAGCUGUCCUACUUGCCGCUGAAGCGGGGGUUUGUGACAUUCGGUGGGCUGCGGGUGGUUCUGAUCGAGGACGUGACCGUCAAUGAGGGCCAGGAGGAGAGCGCGCAGUCGAGGCAUCAUGCUGAGGAUGUUCGUGUUCUGAAGGAGUGGGACGUCGUUGGGGAGAUCUGGGUUGAAUCUUGAGAGCAGUCGCGGUGGCGCCGCAGCUGACCCGCACUUGUACAAAUCCAGCAUAAUGUCUAGAUCGAUUUCCCGGGUGACCGCCUUCGUGUUGAGUUCAACACCUUUGUUUGCCAUGAAUCAU